AUGUGUCCCGAAAUUUUAAUUUUUCCGAUUUUCCGCGUUUGUUCCGCGUUUGUUCCGCGCGCAAACCUAAUUUUUGAGAAAAGUGUAUUUUUUCAGAUUUGCUGAUUCGCCAACACAAAAAUCAACGGAUUUUUAAGUUUUUAAUGACAUUUUUGAAUUUUUGUACUAAAUUUUAAAAAAUGAAUUUUUUUUUCCGCGUGUUUCCGCGCGGAAGCCUGAUUUUUGAGAAAACUUGAGUGAUUCCUAAUUUUUAGGCUUAGGCUUAGUUAGUUCCCAGAAAAAACUGCGAAAUUUCCAAGAAAUUCCCAGAAUUUCAUUUUUUUUAACGGUUUUCCGCGUUCGUUCCGCGCGGAAGCCUGAUUUUUGAGAAAAGUUGAUUGAUUUAUAGUUUUUAGGCUUAGGCUUAGUUAGUUCCCAGAAAAAACUGCGAAAUUUCCAAGAAAUUCCCAGAAUUUCAUUUUUUUAACGGUUUUCCGCGUUCGUUCCGCGCGGAAGCCUGAUUUUUGAGAAAACUUGAUUGAUUUAUAGUUUUUAGGCUUAGGCUUAGUUAGUUCCCAGAAAAAACUGCGAAAUUUCCAAGAAAUUCCCAGAAUUUCAUUUUUUUUAACGGUUUUCCGCGUUCGUUCCGCGCGGAAGCCUGAUUUUUGAGAAAACUUGAGUGAUUCCAAAUUUUUAGGCUUAGGCUUAGUUAGUUCCCAGAAAAAACUGCGAAAUUUCCAAGAAAUUCCCAGAAUUUCAUUUUUUUUUUAACGGUUUUCCGCGUUCGUUCCGCGCGGAAGCCUGAUUUUUGAGAAAACUUGAGUGAUUCCAAAUUUUUAGGCUUAGGCUUAGUUAGUUACCACGAGAAACUACGAAAUUUCCAAGAAAUUCCCAGAAUUUCAUUUUUUUUCCGGUUUUCCGCGUUCGUUCCGCUGGAAUAUUCUUAAUUAAAAAUUUGAAUUUUGUAUUUUCGCGCUUAAAAUCCACGUGGCAUUUUUCUAAUUAAAAAUUUGAAUUUUGUAUUUUCGCGCUUAAAAACCACGUGGCAGUUUUUUCAAAAAUUUAAAUUUCGUAUUUUCGCGCUUUAAAAUCCACGUGGUAUUUUUUUUGUUAAAAAUUUGAAUUUUUUAUUUUCGCGCUUAAAAUCCACGUGGCAUUUUUUUUCCAAAUCACAAUGUUUUUUGAAUAAAAAUUUGAAUUUUAGAACUAAAAAAUCCAUGAAAUUUCGAAUUUUUCAAGAAAAAAAUUAGAAAAAUCGGAUUUUUCACCGUCAUAUCCACUUUUUCCCCAAAUCAAGGUUCAUUUUUCAGAUUUCCUACGAUGAAAGAACUGGUCGAAUCGCAUCUCUAAAUGGAUUUUCGGUAAUUUCCGACGCAACAACAAGUCGAAGUUCAGGUCAUGGAUUAAUGUAUGAAACAUCGAAAAUUGAUUCGCAUCGACAAAUCAUCGAAAUAAAAAUGAUGUUUGGAGAUGCGCGAGCAAAAAUGAGCAUAAAACGAGAUGGAUUCGGAAGAGCACAAGAGGAAUUGCUCGAAAUUCAAGAGACAUCUGGAUUCGGCUCGAAAACCAUCAAAACAAUUCGAAGUUUCGAUGGAUCGGGAAGAUUGGCUGGAAUUGAACAAGGAGAUUUGAAGACGAUUCUGAAAUAUAAUUCGGAUGGAAGAUUGGAGAAAUUGAAUGAUCAAAUUGUGGAAUAUCAUCGAGGUGGAGCAUUGAAAAUAUUUGCGGAUAUUUUGUAUAAAGUUGAUACAAUUGGAUGGGUUCAAAAAAGGAAUAAUAUUAGUUUUGGAUAUGAUGGAAAAGGAAGAUUGAUUCGAACGAAAAAAGAUGGAGAAAAUGAGAAUAUUGAAUUGAUUUAUGAUCAUGAAGAUCGAUUGAUUUCGAUUAAAAAAGGAGCAGCAGCAGAUCUUAUCAAUUUAUAUUAUGGCUAUCCGAAAAAUCCAAAGAAAGUUUCGCAUUUCUCGAAAAACGCGGUUAUCUCCACGAUUUUCUACGAUGAAAAUAAUCUGCCAUUCGCAAUUUCGAGCUCAGAUGGCAGAAGAUUUGGAGUGAUUUGUGAUGAAAUGGGAACUCUUCGCUUGAUUUCCACAGAUUCGAAAAUUGUUAAGUUCAUUGAGCGUGGUAUUUUUGGAAAAGUUUUGGAAGAUUUGGACCCAGGUUUUUGGAUUCCUGUUGGUUAUUUGGGGGGAAUUGAGAUUGAUGGAUUGGAUUUGGUGAUUUUGGAGAAUGGAAGAGCGUUGGAUUUGAUAUCGGGUAGAUAUUUGAGUAUUUCACCGGAAACUGUGUUGAGAUUGGAAUUUGAGGAUUUGGAGAAUUCGAUUGAUUUGUUGGCGCUGGAAACGAAGUAUCAACCAUUUGCGUUGCCCGGAAUUCCCGAAGGUUUGUGGAUUUUUUUUGAAAUUUAGCCCUUGUUUUAGAAGUUUUUUCCGAAAACUAAAAAUUUCUUUUCAAGAAUUUUGAACAAAAAAUAAUUUUUAAAAAUAUCGAUUUUUAACAAAACAAAUAGAAAUUUUAUCCUAAAUUCAGGAAUAUUUGUAGAUUUUUUUUUCAAAUUUUAGCCGAAUUCUUGAAUUGUUCCGAAAGUUACAAGAAUUUUGAAAAUUAGAAAAUAAUUUCUAAUUUUAACAGUAGCUGAAUUUGAGCCGGAAAUCCAAAUAUAAAUUUUGAAAAAAUUCAAAACUUCAAAAAUUCCCCGCAAAUCUAAAAUUUAGGCUUUUUUUCAAAUUUUGAAGUUCAAAAUUAAAAAAAAAAGAAUUUCAGAAAAAACUUGAUUUUCAACAAAACAUACAGAAAUCCCACCUCAUUUUUGCAGAUUUCGAAUCGUGGUUUAAAAUAGUUGGCCUAUCUCCUGAUCUUCUUCCAAAUGUUCAUCUUGGUCUUCCCAGCUCAUCUUCUUCAUCAUUUUCUUCUCCAGUAACCCAUCGACUUUUGAAUUCUUUCCCCUCAAAAUUGGAUUCACUUUCACAUAUUAAUACAAUUCGACCAAGUCGUCUAAUCGAUCAACAAAAUGCAUUGAAAUCCAAUGAAUGGUCAAUUGAAGAUAUCGGAUUCUCAAAUCUUCUUUUGAUAAAUGAAAAUGAGAAGAGCCUCAUUGAAACUGUCACUUUACCAAUAUUGGAUAAAUCGGAGGCGGAAAUUGUGCACAAAUUGUUGGAUGGCUCGAAAAAUGUUGAUUUUUUCACGUGGUCUCCGAUUCCGGUUCGACAUUUUUGGAAGAAAAUUGAUGCGAUUCCGGUUUUGAGUUCGGCUUCUUUACCACAUUUCACACUGGUUGUUAAUAAAGAAAAUGCGGAAUUGAGGAAUGGAAAAACCAAGAUUAUUGUGCAUUUUGCUAAUGAUAAGGUGAGGGUUUUUAGGGGUUUCCAAGUUUUAGAGCUCCUCUAAAAAUCUCAAUUUUUGCAGAAAGAAGUUGUGAAAAAACUAACGGACGAUCUUCGAAACCGCGAACAAAUCAGUGUUUGGAAAGCGGAAAGAAAACGAGUCGAUUCGAAUUCCGAUGAACCACUUUGGAUAAAUUGGACAGAUCGAGAAAAACGAGAAUUGAAAUCGAAAGGAUCGGUUAGUGGAUAUUCGAUUGAUCUCAAAUCACAUUCUCCAUAUUUUUCAACAAUUCAUUCGUGGAAAUUUGUUAAUUUGUCCAAUUAG